CCUCCAGGCGGUAGCUCUUGCAGUUCCCUUCGCCUCAGGAGAUCUUGAUUGCCCUAGCUGUAACUAUGGUUAACUCCCUUCCUCAUUCGGUCAGGGCUCGACUGUCUUCUCAGUGAGGACUCCUCUGACUUGCACUCUGCUAAGCUGGUACCAUUUUCCCAUUCCAUGCUUAAUUUUUCUCUAUUUGCACUAUCACCAUUUGAUACAGUAUGUUUUUCUCGAUAAAUGUAUUCAUAGAAGAAUUCCACGGGGGGCAGGGAUUAAUCUUUAAUUGCUAUUUACUCAGUGCUUAGAACUGUAUCAGGCCCAGAGCAGGUGCUCAAUAAUACUUCUUGCAGGAACAGGGCAGCAGAGCAGCCCCAGAAAACUGUUGCACGGCAAGGUUCUGGCUUAGUUGCUGCUGCUGCAUUCAGAAUACACCAAAUUCAAGCUCCUAAAAUCCCGGUCCGACGGCUACCCGGCCGAGGAGACAUCACUUUUCCUGCCUUUCUGUGAAUAACGGCUGAGAGUGGGGCAAGAGGCUCCUCCUCGCACCCUAAGUCAGCUCCUGGAACGCCCCUUCCCGAGCCCUUUGCAGUCGCGACCGAUGCUCUCAUCAACCGGAACGUUUGUGCGUCGCCGCCGCGCUCGGGGGAAGGACUUCGGCAGAGGCCUCCGCGCAGACUGGGCGGAGCUUCCGGGUAGAGCGGCGUCCUACGAGACCCGUGAGUGCGCGGGUAGAGGUCCUCGCGGAGCCAAGGAUAUUGAAUAAUACAUUAAAGGAAAAAAUGGAUGAAGAACCUGAAAGAACUAAGCGAUGGGAAGGAGGCUAUGAAAGGACAUGGGAGAUUCUUAAAGAAGAUGAAUCGGGAUCACUUAAAGCUACGAUAGAAGACAUUCUCUUCAAAGCAAAGAGAAAAAGAGUAUUUGAGCACCAUGGACAAGUUCGACUUGGAAUGAUGCGUCAUCUUUAUGUGGUAGUAGAUGGAUCAAGAACAAUGGAAGACCAAGACUUAAAGCCAAAUAGACUGACUUGUACUUUAAAGUUAUUGGAAUACUUCGUAGAAGAAUAUUUUGAUCAAAAUCCUAUUAGUCAGAUUGGAAUAAUUGUAACAAAGAGUAAAAGAGCUGAAAAACUGACUGAACUCUCAGGAAACCCAAGGAAACAUAUAACAUCUUUGAAGAAAGCUGUAGAUAUGACCUGCCAUGGAGAACCAUCUCUCUAUAACUCCUUAAGCAUGGCUAUGCAAACUCUAAAACACAUGCCUGGACAUACAAGUAGAGAAGUCCUAAUCAUCUUUAGCAGCCUCACAACUUGUGAUCCAUCUAAUAUCUAUGAUCUAAUCAAGACCCUAAAGGCAGCUAAAAUAAGAGUGUCUGUUAUUGGAUUGUCUGCAGAGGUUCGGGUUUGCACUGUACUUGCUCGUGAAACUGGUGGCACAUACCAUGUUAUUUUAGAUGAAAGCCAUUACAAAGAAUUGCUGACACAUCAUGUUAGUCCUCCACCUGCUAGCUCAAGUUCUGAAUGUUCACUUAUUCGCAUGGGAUUUCCUCAGCAUACCAUUGCUUCUCUGUCUGAUCAAGAUGCAAAACCCUCUUUCAGCAUGGCGCACUUGGAUAGCAACACUGAGCCAGGACUUACAUUAGGAGGAUACUUCUGCCCACAGUGUCGGGCCAAGUACUGUGAGCUUCCAGUUGAAUGUAAAAUCUGUGGUCUCACUUUGGUGUCUGCUCCACAUUUGGCUCGGUCCUACCAUCAUUUAUUUCCUUUGGAUGCCUUUCAAGAAAUUCCUCUAGAAGAACAUAAUGGAGAAAAAUUUUGUUAUGGAUGUCAGGGGGAAUUGAAAGACCAACAUGUCUAUGUUUGUGCUGUGUGCCAAAAUGUUUUCUGUGUGGACUGUGAUGUUUUUGUCCACGACUCUCUUCAUUGUUGUCCUGGCUGUAUUCAUAAGAUUCCAACUUCUUCAAGUAUUUGAUUCUAGCAUAUGGUACACAUUAUACGUGUUAAAAGGACAUUUGCAAUUGUUAAUAAAGUGAUUCUUCAGAAGAAACUCCAGUUAAAAUGUGAAGAGCCGUUUGAAAGGAAAAUCUGACUUAAGAAACUUUUUGCUAAGAAAAUGUAGGAUUGGGCGCCUAACUUGGUCAUUUGGAAGAGCAUGAGACUCUUGAUCUCAGGGUUAUGAGUUCGAGCGCCACGAUGAAUUAAUUGCUUAAAGGUAAAAUAAACUUAAAGGGGAGGAGGGGAGAAAAAGAAAAUGUAGAAUUUUAUUAAAUUUUAAAAUUUGUGUCCUGUCACAGAAGUGCCCAGAAUUCACUCAUUUUUGUUUUCUAUUGUUUUGAGUUACAGUGUUUUCAAAGUCUUACACAUUAUGGUAUCUACGUUACUUACAAUGAUUAAAUUGAUGUGAUAAUUUCAUUGCUUUAUAAUUAAAGUAAAUACAGAAUCUCU